AGCUGAACACUACACUAGCCAUACCUCCAUACAAAACUCCGGCCCUCAUGGAUAAUCUCCCCGAAGCUUGCAUCGCCCACAUCCUUUCCUUCACAUCCCCCCCUGAGGUCUGUAGGCUUUCCUGUGUCUCUUCCUCCUUCCUUUCCGCCGCCGUCUCCGACGCCCUCUGGAAUUCCUUCAUCCCUUCCGAUUGCCUCUCCCUCCUUUCUCCUCCUCCCUCCUUUCCUUCCAAGAAGCAUCUCUUUCUCUCUCUUUCCCACCAAUCCCACGUCAUCAUGAACGACGGUCUCAAGAGUUUUUGGCUGGACAAAUUUAGUGGGGCGGAAUGUUUCAUGCUAUCCUCGAAAAAUCUCUCUAUUGUUUGGGGAAGCACUCCGGAAUAUUGGUGGUGGCCUUCGGUGCCCGAGAGCAGGUUUCAGGAGGUUGCUGAGCUUCUUGAUGUGUGUUGGCUGGAAAUUCGAGGGCGCAUCAACACGCGCAUGCUGUCUCCUUCAACUCUGUACACGGCUUACCUCGUGUUUAAGUUAACUGCCAACGCCAAAGGGUUCAAAAACAAGCCGGUGGAGGUCUCCGUGGGGAUCGCCGGGAAUGAUAAUGAUGCUCAGAGGCAAAUCGUCUUUUUGGAUCCACAAGAAGCACAGGGCGAGAAGCUUAAUGGACAAUAUCCAAACGAGAGAGCAGAUGGGUGGUUGGAGAUUGAAUUGGGAGACUUCUUCAACGAAGGAAUAGAUGACAGGGAGCUGGAAAUGGCUGUCUGUGAGAUCAACGCUGGCCACUGGAAGAGGAACCUUGUCAUUGAAGGAUUAGAAAUUAGGCCCAAACUCAAUAACUGA